ACGCUAAAGGUACGCCAUCUCCACAGACUACAGCCGCUUUCGGUUUAACCGAGUGGACCAACCCUAUUAGCCGCGCAGUAGACGAUGAUGGCGUUUCCCCGAGAUAGUGCCAGAAUUGUGGCAUCGCUGGAUUAACCAAAUUGUUGACAAUGCUUUUGCAACCGGCUGGACAGAUUUGGAACACCGACAAACGGGUAGUUCGGCACAAUCAACGUAAGUGGCAACAUCAUGGCCACGGUCGACCCGGACGUUUCCAGAUCUACGGAACGAUGUCUAACCUUCGAAGAUGCUCUCUCCAUGGCCAAGUUCGGUGCGUUCAACGUCGUUCUGAUGGCCAUCUCCGGUGCGAUCUUGACGGCGUUCCUGCUGGAAACAAUCGGCAUAAGCUACGUGAUUGCUGUGGCCGGAUGCGAUCUGCAGCUUUCGACCUCGGACAAGGGAAUCCUCAGUGCGGUGGGAUUUCUCGGGGUGAUCGUCAGUUCGCACCUGUGGGGUUUCUUGGCAGAUACGCAAGGUCGCCGCAAGGUGAUCGUUCCGACGCUGUUCCUGACGUUCGCCAUCACAAUCGUGUCCAGUUUGAUGACCAAUUUCUGGAUGCUAACGGUGUGUCGGUUUAUGGCUGGGUUUUUUAUUUCUGGAUCGUCGGCAACGAUCUACGCUUAUUUGGGAGAGUUUCACAACCAGCAAAAUGGAUCCCGCGCAAUCAUGGGAGCAUCGUUCGUGUUCGGAUUGGGUUGUAUCCUGCUGCCGGCGAUCGCCUUCGCGGUGAUCAAUCAAGAAUGGGAGCUACCGAUCGUACCUCUAGGUGUUGUCUACCGCCCGUGGCGAUUGUUCUUGGUAGUCUGUAGCGUGCCCGGGUUGAUCAGCGCCUUCGUUUUGCUGUGGUUUCCGGAGAGUCCCAAAUUUGUACUGAUGCAGGGUGAUAUGGACCAGACGAUAAAAACCAUUCAGUGGGUUCAUCGGUUCAACCGUGGAAGAAAGGCGGAACCGCUCGUGAUUGAUUCGAUCUUAGCGGAAACGGAAGCUCAACAGUCCAAGGCUCGUCGGGCUGAAUUGCAAAACAUGAAGGGGAUCGGUGCGUUGGCAAAGCUGGUCUGGAACCAGACGGCUCCACUCUUCAUGGGUUCGUUCCUCAAGAAAACCGCGAUCGUGUGCUUCCUUCAGUUUGGGACCUACUUGACGUCGCAUGGAACGUACAUGUUCUUCCCAAGUAUACUCGAUCAAGUUUUCAAAGCUCAAGAAACCGGCGAGGAGCGAUUCAGCGUUUGCGAAUUAGUCUACGAUCGAGCUAAUACGACGAAUACGGAGACGGACACGGAUGACGAGUGUGUGGUGCAAACUUUGGACGUUACCUUGUACGAAAUGUCGUUCAUUUUGGAGGUGAUCUACGCCGCGGGCUUCGCCAUCAUUGGAUUGAUCAUUAACGUGGUCGGAAGGCUGUCGAUCUUGGUAUUUGUGUUCGGUGGAUGUGGAAUUGCGGGUUUGCUGAUCAUCUUCGUUGAAAUUCCAAUGGUAUCGGUCUGGUGCUACAUGAUUCUGGUGAUGUGCGGAUUUGCAGGCAGUAUCGUGAGUGCGAUCACCGUGGAUUUGUUUCCGACGAAUUUGAGAGCAAUGGCCGUUUGCAUGUCUUCGAUGUUCGGACGUCUCGGAGGUGUUAUCGGAUCGAACCUUUUCGGCUUACUGUUGGAAAGUCAAUGCGAACUGACCUUCGCCAUCCCCGGAAUUCUACUGAUCACUUGUGGACUGUUAUCGUUCUUCAUUCCGAAUAUCCAUCAGCGGAUGCGAUCGAGGAACAGCAUUUCGUCGAGGUGCUAGUCGAGUAAGGCUAAAUUACAUACUUACGGAAUUUAUUGUAGGACAGGUUGAGUGUUCUGAUUCCUUAACUAAAAAUAAGCCACUUCUGAACGAUCAAGAACGCCGAUCACUGUUUGGUGCACGACUAAAUUUGGAUCUCAAUCAAUUGCCAUUAAUUGUUUUGCUAGUCCAACUCGAAGACUGUUUCAAUUGACUGAGCGUGAUCCAGUUGAAUCUGGAAUUAAUUUGCACCGCGACUAAAUUAUGAUAUGUAAAGUCUGCCGAUGAAACUACUUAAGAUGA